UACAAUAUUGGAUUCUUUUUUAAUAUUAUAAUUUUUAAUUAUUUUUUAUAAAGUUAAUGAAUUGUGGGUGUUCGAGAGCUGUAAGCAAUAAUGGAAUGAAUGAAUAUAUGAUACAUGAGUUUCACUUUCUAAAUUUAAUUAUUUAAAUUAAUCAACUUUUCCACAAUAUUCUAAUUUAUUAAAAGAUGCACCUGUUAGUAGGCUACACGUUUUCUUCUCCAAUAACGUAGCCAAAGGAAAAACCUUACAGCCUUUACCAAUCACAACAGCAUUUUAUGCAUUCCUUAUCAUAGUUUCUGUUUAGGAAUAAACAGGGUUUAAAGUUGUGUACUGAAGGGUGACGAACAUGCAAGUGUUGCUGUACAUUGGCACUUGUUAUUUGCUGAUGCCUAGCGAUUUAACCUAAUCUAAAGAUAUGUAAUAGAAAUAUCUUAAACUGUAUCAUUGAUUUGGACCUGUUCUGCUCCACCUGGUGCCUUCCAUCCUUCCCCAGGCACAGUGAUUAGGAUUGAGAUGCACCUUGUUUCAAACCAAUCAGUGACAGAGAAGAAUGUGAUAAGAUUGGUCUUUUCAGGUGAGUUGUAGUGGCAGGCUCACAGGUUUACCAAAGUUGUUCUCAACAGCAACCAUGGCUUUUCUUAUGAGGGUAUUGCAAUUGUCUCUUCUACUUGCUGUGGGGUGUCAAGUACAUGCUUACAGGAAUGUCUUUGCUGAGCCGGAGAAGCCUACCCAUGGGCUGCAUCAGGCUUCUAGCUAUAAGCCCGAACAGCAGCAAACACCUCGCUACAAGCCCAGCUACAAGCCCCAGCAGCAUCUGCCUAGCUACAAGCCCCAGCAGCAGCCGCCGAGCUACAAGCCCCAGCCCAAGCAGCAGCAGCCGCCUAGCUACAAGCCCAAGCAAACUCGGCAGCAGCCUAGCUACAAGGCCAAGCCCCAGCAGCAGCCGCCUAGCUACAAGCCCCAGCAGCAGCCGCCGCCGCCUAGCUACAAGCCCCAGCAGCAGCCGCCGCCGCCUAGCUACAAGCCCCAGCAGCAGCAGCCGCCUAGCUACAAGCCCCAGCAGCAGCAGCCGCCUAGCUACAAGCCCCAGCAGCAGCAGCCGCCGCCCAGCUACAAGCCCCAGCAGCAGCAGCCGCCGCCUAGCUACAAGCCCCAGCAGCAGCAGCGAAAGCCGCCUAGCUACAAGCCCCAGCAGCAGCAGCCGCCUAGCUACAAGCCCCAGCAGCAGCCCCAGCAGCAGCCCCAGCAGCAGCCCCAGCAGCAGCCCCAGCCGCCGCCUAGCUACAAGCCCCAGCAGCAGCAGCAGCCCCAGCCGCCGCCUAGCUACAAGCCCCAGCAGCCGCCUAGCUACAAGCCCCAGCAGCAGCAGCAGUCUAGCUACAUGCAGCCCCAGCAGUCUGGCUACCAGCCCCAGCAGCAGCCUAGCUACAUGCAGCCCCAGCAGUCUGGCUACCAGCCCCAGCAGCCGCCGGCUGGCUACAUGCCGCCGGCUGGCUACAUGCCGCCGGCUGGCUACAUGCCGCCGGCUGGCUACAAGCCGAAGCCCCAGCAGUCUGGCUACCAGCCCCAGCAGCAGCCUAGCUACAUGCAGCCCCAGCAGUCUGGCUACCAGCCCCAGCAGCCGCCGGCUGGCUACAUGCCGCCGGCUGGCUACAAGCCGAAGCCCCAGCAGCCGAGCUACAAGCCCCAGCAGCCGCCGAGCUACAAGCCCCAGCAGCCGCCGAGCUACAAGCCCCAGCAGCCGCCGAGCUACAAGCCCCAGCCCAAGCAGCAGCAGCCGCCGAGCUACAAGCCCCAGCCCAAGCAGCAGCAGCCUAGCUACAAGCCCCAGCAAACUCAGCAUCCGCCUAGCUACAAGCCCCAGCAGAAGCAGCCGCCGUCCAGCUACAAGCCCCAGCCCCAGCAGCAGCCGCCGUCCAGCUACAAGCCCCAGCAGCAGCAGCCGCCUAGCUACAAGCCCCAGCAGCAGCAGCCGCCUAGCUACAAGCCCCAGCAGCAGCAGCAGCCGCCUAGCUACAAGCCCCAGCAGCCCCAGCCGCCGCCUAGCUACAAGCCCCAGCCGCCGCCUAGCUACAAGCCCCAGCCGCCGCCUAGCUACAAGCCCCAGCAGCAGCAGCAGCAGCCGCCUAGCUACAAGCCCCAGCAGCAGCCUAGCUACAUGCAGCCCCAGCAGUCUGGCUACCAGCCCCAGCAGCCACCGGCUGGCUACAAGCCGAAGCCCCAGCAGCCUGGCUACAAGCCGCAGUAACGCAGAAUUUGUACCUUAUGAAGAUUACGCUGAGUACAUUAUCUUCAUUGAAAAGACCCGCAUCAAAUCCUGCAAGAAUGAAGUGGUCCAUAACUGUGCAAAUGUAUUAGAGUUCCUGCAACGACAUGGAUACACUGUCCAAAUGUGAUGUCUACAGCAAAAUAAUAAAACAAUGAAAC